AUGGCGGAUAGCGGUCAUAGCAGCGGAACGGGCCAGUCUGAAGAACGGCUUGCUAACAACGAGCAACGACCGUCAUCUCGCGAAAGUGGCAUUGGUGAUCAAUCUUCAGAUGAAGCUUUGGCACGAUUUCCCCUUCGAUGGCAGCCACUUAGAGGUGCAACUCACUGCAGCGCAAAGUCGUGUCGAGCUGAGUUCCCUUCGGUGAUAGAUCGUCGAAUCCAUUGUCAUCGCUGUGGAAAGAUCUUCUGUCGGCGAUGUGUUAAAAUGACUGCUGAUGGACGAGAACGAGUAUGUGACGGUUGUCGCGAUGAGACCUGA